AUGGAUCCGGCGCUCGAAUCCCUACAGAAUACCGAUCUGGCAGAAGAAAUUGAAGCCAUCAAUGCCAUUUACGAACCGGACACCCUCACCAUCACAAACACCUCUACCUCUACCUCAACCGGGCCCUCAACUCUCGACCUAGGGGGACCCGGCUCUUCAGAAUCUUCUCCUCCUUCAAUAACAAUAAAGCUUCAACUCCCAGAACACCCCCACCUGUCUUUCCUCCUCGGCUUCGACUCAACAUAUCCCGACACCCCUCUCAAAAUCCUAGGAACAGCAUCCACGGCCUCACGCGGAGAGGGCAAGCUCGCCGUCGAUGUACUAGAGGACAUACUCAGCCGCACAUACCAACCGGGCGCGGUAUGUCUAUUCGACCUGAUCAAUGAAGCAGUUCAGGCGUUCACGGAGCUCAAUAUCGGCGGUAGCGCUACAGCCACCACCAACAACCAUGAUACAACCUCCCACACCCAACCAGCCUCCGAAGAAACAACCACCGAAAGCGACAACUAUCAAUCGCUAACCACAGGGUCAAAUACUCCCGAUUACCAUAAAUUCAACCUCACCAGCCCACCACCAUGGAUUCUCUCCGAUGUUAUCACGGAAAAGAAAUCCGUCUUCGUUGGGCGCGCCGCCUACGUCACGAGUCUGGAUCAGGCAAAGGCGUUUUUGGAUCAUCUGCUCGCGACCGAGAAGAAGGUCGCAUCCGCGACGCAUAAUAUCAGUGCGUGGAGGAUUCGCGAGGUGAAGUCAUCUACUUCUACUGCUGGCGGUAGUGGUAAUAAGAAUGGUGAAGCUACGGAGAUGAUUGUGCAGGAUUGCGAUGAUGAUGGGGAAACGGCUGCUGGCGGUCGACUACUGCAUUUAAUGCAAUUGAUGGAUGUUUGGGAUGUGGUGGUUGUGGUGACGAGGUGGUAUGGGGGUGUCUUGUUGGGGCCGGAUCGGUUUCGCAUUAUCAAUGCCGCGGGGAGGGAUGCGUUGGUGAAGGGCGGUUUUGUGAAAGAAAAGACGUCUGGGGAGAAGGGGAAGAAGAAGGGAAAGAAAUAA